AUGGCCAUGGCAUUCACGAAGAAGCCCUUUCUCGGGCUCACUGGAGGAUGGCUUACUUUUUGGCUCACAGUUGCUUGUGCUACUGACAUGAUGCUUUUUGGAUAUGACCAAGGCGUCUUCAGUGGUGUAGUAGUCACCCCUGACUUCUUAGAAGUCCACGAUCUAGCCGGGCCUUCAAAAACCAAAGUCCUCUCCACGGUCGCCGCCAUCUACGACAUCGGUUGUUUUUUCGGAGCCAUACUUGCUUUUACGGUAGGCGAACGACUGGGCCGCAAGCGAUCCAUUCUAUUGGGUACUGUCAUCAUGGCCGCCGGGACUAUCCUUCAAGCAUCCUCGUAUAGCCUAACGCAGAUAAUCAUCGGUCGAAUUGUGCUCGGUCUCGGAAACGGAAUAAACACGGCAACAGCACCAAUUUGGCAGGCUGAGACUGUACAGGCCAAAUGGAGAGGCAAGCUCGUUAUUCUAGAUCUUGGGUUGAAUGUCGGUGGAUAUUGUGUUGUCAACUGGAUUAACUAUGGCCUUUCAUUCCGCGAGGGUGCCAUUGCUUGGAGAUUGCCGAUUUCCCUGCAGCUUAUAUUCAUCCUUGUCUUGCUCGUCACAAUCCCUUGGCUGCCGGAGUCCCCUCGGUGGCUCAUGACGCAAGCCCGCGAAAAUGAGGCGACUGAGGUACUUGCCUGUGUCGAGGCCACAUCUACCGAUGACCCGUUGGUUAUAACCCAACGCGAUGAGAUCAGGUUUAGCAUCACGUAUGAAUACGACAAUGCCGUCAGCUGGUGUGACCUCCUGCGUCCAAACAAGAACGAUAAUACGAGAACCCUUCGCCGAUUGCUCCUGGGUGCUGGCACACAGGCAAUGCAGCAGUUUCAAGGCAUUAAUAUCAUGAGUUAUUACAUGCCACUGGUACUCAUCAACUCGGUCGGUCUUUCGGACAAAAUGGCACGACUGCUGACGGCAUGCAAUGCAACCUCAUAUUUCAUCUUCUCGUGUGCCGCGGCAGCGAUAGUUGAACGGGUCGGACGUCGAGGGUUGAUGUUGCUUUCUGGCUUUGGUCAGUUUUUUUCGUUCCUGGUAAUUACAAUCCUCCUUUACAUGGCUCAGAAGGAUACAAUUUACGCCACUGCGUCUGUCGCCUUUUUCUUUUUAUUUCACCUGGCCUUCGGAAUGGGCAUGCUGGGUGUACCGUGGCUGUACCCCACUGAGAUCAACUCUCUACCUAUGAGAACGAAGGGUGCAGCAGUUUCCACCGCGACUAAUUGGAUCACCAACUUUGCCAUUGUUGAGAUUACCCCUAUUGGUAUUCAAAGCAUCGGAUGGAGGUUUUGGAUUGUGUGGACCGUUCUCAAUGCCGUAUUUCUACCGGUUAUCUACAUGCUAUACCCAGAAACAGCAAACCGAACCUUAGAAGAUAUGGAUGCGUACUAUCGUUCUAACCCGCCACUCAUGGUGGUCGGAGACAGAGAUGCUAUCUCGACCAAGAGACCGGCCCAGUUCGCUUACCAGGAAGAGGAAGAGAUUCAGAAGAACGCCAAGCAUGCUAUAUCUGGUAGCACAGGGCAUGCGGAAUAUGUCGACUAG